AUCAUAAUCUCAUCUUGCUUUGAAGGAGAUCGAUGGACCCGUACCAAGCUGUUGUUUCUGGGAUCCAAUUACAAGAUCUGUCUGAUGAGAAGAGUGAAGGAGAUUUCGCGUCCUCUGUUUCAUCGUGUAAACCUGAAGUUGGACCUGUUGAAACAUCUGUAGAGGCUAAGAGAGGUUGUUUUGACGUUGGAGCUUCAACAGCUGGAACAAAGAGAGAAUUUAGACCUGUUGAAGUAGGUGAGCUCGAUGUGAAGCAGCAACUUGAGAAGGAGUUGUCUGCUUACGGACGCAGAAAAGAAGAGUUUGAGUUUGUAUGGACUCGUCUCAUCAGUUUAGGGCUUGUAGCUGCUGGAAGUUCUCGGUUCAAGUUGAUGGAACGGUCGCUUGAUGUGGCCGAUUAUGAAAGAGGUUUGGUGUCUGGAUCUGAAUACGAAGAAGCUAUGAAGAAACACGUGGAUUUGGUGAAGAACGGGAGGUUGGAGAUAGACAACUUAAUCUUUAAUUUCAAGAAUGAGAUUAAAAAGGCUGAGAAGAAGCUUGAGCAAGACAAGAAGAAGCUUGAGCAAGAGAAGAAGAAGCUUAAGCAAGGCAAGAAGAAGAAAUGAAUUUUAAGAGUUCAAGUCCAUCUUGCUUUUCUCGGUUGUUCUCUUUACUUGACUUCUUUGUUUUGUGUUUUUUGGUUUUUUCUCACGAGUCUUAUGUCUCUUUCAAGUUUGGUUACAAAAGACUAUGAAAUAUUUACCCUACCAGAUGACCUCGUCUUUGCAAUAUAAUGCCUUAACAACU